AUAUGGGAUUUUCCGGUCUAUUUUCUCACCAACCGAAGUAUUCAUCUCUUCUCCCCAUCAGACUCACCGUGUGCCCUCCAUCCCUUCCGACAUUUCAUCCACAGAUCUGUUGCCCAUGGCUUUCGUCUCCAGUGACGUUUCUGAUAAACUAGGGUUUCUAUCACCUGCUACGUUGCUUCUUCAUCGAAGCUCUAAGAUAUGGCAACUUUGAACCCUUUUGAUCUGUUGGGAGAUGAUGCGGAGGAUCCGAGCCAGCUCGCCGUCUCCGUUGCUCCGACAAGACGAAGAAAGCUGCGGUUGGUCAGGCUCAAGCUUAGUCCACCAAGUCCUCUGCGAAGCUUCCUUCGAAGCCGCUUCCUCCUGCUCUGGCCGGAACGAAGCUCCACGUGGUGGAGGUCGGGGCUAUGGCAGAGGUCGCGGCGGUGCUGGAGGGUACAACCAUGAUUUUAGCAGCAGUGAUAAUGCUGAAGGUAACAAUGGAUAUGGAAAACCCUCUGAGGAAGGAGAUGGGGCGAAAGCCUCUGAGAGGCGCGGUGGAUACGGUGGUCCUCGUGGUUCCUUCCGUGGGGGUCGUCGUGGUGGCGACUUCAGCAAUGGAGAGGCUGGGGAAGAUCGCCCUCGUAGGACAUACGAGCGUCGUAGGAGAACUGGCAGAGGGAGUGAGUUCAAGCGUGAAGGUGCUGGUCGUGGAAAUUGGGGAACUCCAGAAGAAGAACUUGCUGCUGAGACUGAAGAACCUGCUGUUGGGACCGAGAAGGAAGAUGCUGAGAAGCCAGCUGGUGUUGAUGCUAACAAGGAGACCCCUGCAGAAGCAGAGGUGGAAAAGGAGCCAGAGGAUAAGGAAACGACUCUCGAUGAGUAUGAGAAAAUACUCAAGGUCGAGGAGAAGAGAAAGGUUCUUCAGUCGCUCACUGCUUCUGAUGAGAGGAAAGUUGAAUUGAACGAGUUUGAGUCCAUGCAACAACUCGCAAACAAGAAGGCUAACAACGAUGUUUUCAUCAAGUUGGGUUGGGAUACCGACAAACGCAAAGAUGCCUUUGAGAAAGAAGAGAAGGCUAAGAAGGCUGUAAGCAUCAAUGAGUUUCUGAAGCCAGCUGAUGGUGAGGGCGACUGCUACCCACGAGGAGGCCGUGGCCGUGGACGCGGCCGUGGUGGCGGUUCCAGAGGCAGAUAUGGUGGUUACCAGAGAGAGGCUGCACUGUUCCCAUCUCUGGGAGGAGGCAAGUGAGAUGGAUCAUCAAGUGCAUGUUCCUUCAGUUUCCUCUUUGGCCAGCGGUGAGUCUCUCUUUGGAUCCAAAAAGGGGAAACCGAAGGAUAGCUUUUACUUACAGUUUGCAAGGGAUUGAAAAAGAGUUGUGCAAGGGUCUUUUACUCGUCCUAGUGGUUUUAAUGGUACGGAAGAAAUCUGUAUUUAUUAUUGUAGAAGAAAUGGUUUUUGGUGUCCAUAUUUACUGGAAUGCUUUUUGUUAUUCUUUGCCCCUCUGCGUUGCAUUUAUAUACUUUUUUUUUAA